AUGAUAUCAUAUAGGACUAUUACUCAUAGCAAAUCCAUAGCUACACAAACUACCCGAUUUCUAGGGACAGCUUCCCGCAGAUUAGCAGCUGACUCCACUGCAUCGUCAUCAACAACAGAAUCAACUAUUGAAACAGACUCUCCUGACAGCACUAAUUUUGAACAGUUCAAAAGUAAACAAUCGUGGAGAGAAUCAUAUGCACCCGGAUCAUCAGCACAAACUGAUUUAACCGAAAACUUGUCGAAAAUCACUCAAAAUAUAGCUAGUGGAGAACCACCAAUUCAUAUAGCUCAAUCCUUACAAAGAAAAUUUAGAGUUGGUACUACAUACAAUCCAUUUGAUUUCAGUAUGAAUAGGUUGAGAAUGGAAAGAAAACAAGCUCAAUUGCAACAACGUAAUCUGGAAGAUCCAUUUGAACGUAGUGGUAUUAAUCCUAGAAACUUGUAUUUGAUGCCAGAGGUAUUAUCACAGUUUUUAACGUCAACGGGACAAAUUUUACCAAGGCAAACAACUGGAUGUAGUGCUGCUAAUCAAAAGAAAUUGACUGCUGCUAUAAAGACUGCUAGAAACUUGGGGUUGUUGUCUACUGUACAUAAACAUUAUCGUUUCUUACCAACAAGGAAUUUAUAA